AUUCUCAGUUUUCUUGGGCUCCAUGGUAUCUCCCUGCUGCCCUGAGAGAUUUGAUGACACUGACACCCCUCUAUUUUUUCCUUUUCUCAGAAAAUAAAGAGCAGUUGCCAAGAUCAUAGAGGGCCAAGAAAUGAUCAUAACCCCGGAGAGUAUAAAUAUCGCUGGCGAAGUUGUAUGAGAACAGCAUUCAUCGCUACCAGCUGUGCUGAGACCUUAGCAUUCAUUGCACCCAGUGAUAGUUGUCAUUUCUCUCCCUCCCUGUUGUCAUAUUUAAAAUAUAUAAUUUAUUUUCCACAAGGAGGUUUUGGAGGAGUUUUAGCUUCUGGUGGACUUGCAGAUUUUGAGAGGGAAAUACCCGACAACAUUGUAAAGCCUCAAAUAUGUGCAUCGUGGCUAAAAAGACAAGGCUGAAUACACAAAAUAUACAGUGGGCAUAGUGCUUGAAUCCUGAGUUUAUCUACAUCUGUACAGAGCAGUAGAGCUGCCUUUGAGAAAACCAGAGUGCUUCCAUCUCCUUCAUCUCGACUUCCAUUGAGUAGAGAAUGACCAUGAGUCCUGCCCUGUCUUGGUUCCUCCCUCUUGGAUGUUUACUGGUUUUGAUGCAUGAAGCGCAAGGCUUUUUCUUGCCCAAUGGCACGCACUUCGAGAGCAUUUUGAGCAAAUAUCACUCCAGAGCCAAGAGAGCCAUUCCAAGGUCAGACAAAGAGGAGAUUUUGAUGCUUCAUAACAAGCUGAGAGGUGAAGUCUAUCCUUCAGCCUCCAAUAUGGAAUAUAUGACCUGGGAUGAUGAGCUGGAAAGAUCUGCAGAGGCUUGGGCCCAGGAGUGCAUCUGGGAUCAUGGACCUGCCAGCCUCAUUAUGUCCAUUGGUCAGAAUUUGGCUGUUCAUUGGGGCAGGUAUCGUUCUCCAGCCUUCCACGUCCAAUCUUGGUAUGACGAAGUUAAAGAUUAUACUUAUCCGUAUCCCCAUGAAUGUGACCCUUGGUGUCCAGAAAGAUGCUCUGGAGCAAUGUGCACUCACUAUACACAGAUCGUUUGGGCCACAACAAACAAGGUUGGCUGUGCUGUAAACGUCUGCAAACAGAUGAGUGUUUGGGGAGAAAUCUGGGAGAAUGCUGUCUACCUGGUCUGCAACUACUCUCCCAAGGGGAACUGGAUUGGAGAAGCUCCUUAUAAAAAUGGCAGGCCCUGCUCUGAAUGCCCACCGAGCUAUGGAGGAAGCUGCCAGAACAACCUCUGUUACAAAGAUGACCACUACGUACAAAAGCCUGAGCGGGAUGAGACUAACGAAGUGGAGGUCCCACAAAUUACAGAGGAAAAACAUGUGUGGGUGCAAGAACGGGUGACCAAACCCACCAAAUCAACCAAGAUCAAGAAAAUCACCACAACCGCGGACAGUUUCAUGACACAGGUCAUUAAGUGCGACACCAAAAUGAGGGACAAAUGCAAAGGAUCAACAUGCAACAGGUAUCUGUGCCCAGCUGGCUGCCUGAACAGCAAGGCAAAAAUCUUUGGAACGUUGUAUUAUGAGACUGCAUCCAGUAUAUGUCGUGCUGCAAUUCAUUAUGGCGUCAUAGAUGAUAAAGGAGGUCUGGUUGACAUCACUAGGAAAGGGAGAUCACCCCUUUUUGUCAAGUCUACAAGAAAUGGCGUUGAAUCUUUAAGUAAACAUAAACCUUCAAAUUCAUUCGUGGUUUCCAAAGUCACAGUGCAGACGCUGGAUUGUUACACCACUGUAGCUGAACUGUGUCCGUUCAAAAAGCCAGCAACUCAUUGUCCAAGGGCUUAUUGUCCAGCUCACUGUAAAGCUGAACCAGAGUAUUGGGCACCAGUCUUUGGCUCCAAGGUUUAUGCAGAUAGUUCCAGUAUCUGCAAAACAGCCGUGCACGCUGGAGUCAUUAAAGACGAGACUGGCGGUUAUGUGGAUGUAAUGCCUGUGGACAAGAAGAAAAACUAUGUUGGCUCUUUGAAGAAUGGCGUCCAAUCUGAGAGCUUGAAGAGUCCCAGCGAAGGGAUGGCUUUCCGAAUUUUUUCCGUGAAGCAAUAAAUUCCCCGGGAAGGUGCAAGUUUCUUCUGGAGAACAAUCCACCAAUCUUGAGGGACAGCAACAUUCAUUUGAUGGCAUCUGCUCUGAACAUAUUCUCCUUGCCAAUUUCUUUCAGGGAAGAAAGGUUCUGACUCAACUGUCCAUGUCACAUCUGCACCAGUUCAGUUUUUUUUACAAAUUCUAGGGCAUUCAGACUGUUGUAACUCAAAUUCCAAAAGAGGUGUGCUGAACAGCUCGACUGUGGAUUAAUUUACAACAAAUAUCGGAACCCCCAGCUGGUCCACAGAUAGUGUUUUAGGACUUGAAGUACCUACCCCAAUGGAAGUACCAACACAUGUUGGCAAGGUGGAAUAUGUAGUGCGGAUGGUUGGCCCUUUAAAAAAUAGUUUUAAAGCUGCUCCUUUUGUGGGGUGGGGCAUAUAACUUCUUUGGAACUGUUUGUAUGGCGGGGUUGGCUGUUCUGUUUAAGAGCAAAACCUUAGUGUUUUCCUAAUCAGCUCGCAUGUGCAUAGGAAACGUUGAGUCAGGUCUGCGGCAUAUUGCAUUAGGGCAAGUGGUGUCAUGAUGUAACAUGCGAUCAGAGGUCCCGUGGCUGCCUGAAGGACUCCUGGAGAUGAGGUUGUCUGAAAAAUGUGGAGAAAGUAAGAAAAGGUGGUGAAGAUCCCCGCCCCUGGGAAACAAGGACCCCAGCCAACCACAAAUGCGGUGUUGGUGUUUGCUGGCCAAACAUUAGCAGAUCGUUAGGAAUUUGGGUUACCUAUGAGAAGUUGUGGAAUUAGAGCUCCUGUCCUGGCACAUCUCUGUAUUAUGCUACCCACCUUUUUUUUUAUUUACAGUUAAAUGCAAUUUAUUGUUCUAUACAGCAGUGCUGGUUUUGUCUGUAGUAGUUAAGCAGUGAUAAAAAGUUAAUCUUAUUUUUGUUAGAAAUGGGUGCAUCUAUAUAAAGUGUGUUCACUUUAUCUUUAUGAAGUUUUUUUGUACAGUUCUGAGGCUUUAAAUAUACGGAAUAGGGCUGGAUUGUUUGCUUGCAUACAAUCGAUACCAUAUAGUGAUCUUAGCUUCCAACAUGAUUGCUGUGUCUGUGAGCAUCUGGAAUCCAAAGUGUUGGGUUUUAAAAACUUAUAUGUCUUCUAAUGAAUUUAUAUUUAAUAAUUUGAGUCAUUCUGCUAUGACCAGCUGUUUAAAUACAUCACAUAGAAUGGUUUAGAGGGAAUUAAAACUAGCCACAAAAUCAGCCUAGGAUGAACUGCCCUGUAAGACAAUAUAGCAAUCCUGUCAUUUAUGGCUGAAGCUAAUUUAUUCCCAACUUUUAGAGGGUUAUUAGAAUUGGUCUAAGCACAAAUCUAUUUUCCCCUUAAUGGUCAGACAUACAGUAACUUACAUUAACACUGAGAAGGCAACAUAACCUUUAACUCUUUGCUUGAUGUAAAAAGAUAUCCCUUCACUCAGUAACUCGAUUGUAGUAUGUAACAUAUGAGAAAUAGUUCACUUACUGUUACAAUUAUUUAGCCACUCUAUCUGGCAGAUGUUUCAUGGCUUUCCAUAGCCUUCCGAUGUCCAGGCUAUGUUUAAAUUAAACUAGAGGGAUAGGAAAACCAGCUAUAAACCUAUUCCAAAAUGUAGACCAAUAGCAUUAUAUGGAUAAGCACUUAUUUAAUUUAAUUUUUUUAAACUCCAUGAAAUCAGCAAGGAAAUUACAUUUGUCAGUCCCUUUGUUUCAUAACUGAGGUUUCCUUUCCUUGUGAAAUCUGAGUUUAAAAAGAGACCUUUCAUAACUGAGCAGGUUUGCACAUUUUCGAGAAGUUACACACAGCAAACCUAUUUUGGAAUGGCUCUGGUAAACACCUAUUCUUUAUUUAUUUAAUGUGGUCUUUUAAGGUAUGUUGUGUUUGCUUUAUAGUAAGAAAAACCAGUUACAUUUUCAAGGUAAAUGUAUGUGACAAAUAGUUGGAAUGCGUCUUUAAAAAGUACCUGUUCGGAAGUGACUAAAAUCUUGGCAAUGAGAUAAGUCAGGUUCCUUGUUUUUUCUAUUAUGAAUAAUAAGAUUGGAAACAGGCUACUCUAAUCCCACCAAAUUUUGUAGUGUGAUUCUGUGGCCUCCAUAAGCCAAAUAGGAGUUACACCUUCAAUAGCUGAGGAUAGAAAUGGAAAAUGCAAUAAGGAUCAAUCAAACGUCCACUGAAGUCAGUGGCAGUCUUUCCACUGAAUUCAUGGGUGUUAGAUUGGGCUCAUGUUUAGUUCUAUUGUACAACCCAGUCAAAGUAGAACAUCAUUGCGCCAUUGCCCUGUCUGUGAGAAUCAUUCACCUUGUAGAAGGAUGGAAAGAAAUCUGGACUGGAAUAACAGGAAAAUCAGAGAAUCACCAAGAAGUAUAUAUACAAAUUCAAUUGACCUAGAAUGUAUCUUUCUUACAAAAGAGGACAAUGAAAAACAUAAAAAGUGAAGUUGUGGAUAUAAAAUAAAUUAUAUCAUCAUUCUAUAGCUUGAAUUAUCUUCAGCCAAACAAUUUGGAUUUUCAGACACAGGUAUUCGUGUAAGUCUGUGUCUCUGGUUAGUGUUAUAUAUGCUGUACAACAGGACUUCGAUGAACGAUCAUUCUUUGAGGUUCUGGGUGCUAUUAGUUAAAUCAUAUCUCUACCGUAUUUAGGAAGGGUCACAUCCUGCAUGGCAUUAUUAAGGCAUAUCUUUAGUUGUGUUCAAUUGUAUAAACCAGCUGCCCAUAUUUAGGUGGACCAGGCUCUGUUUUAGCCAAAUAUUUACUGAUUUUACAUCUGUCUUACCAAAGCAUUUCUCAAUCUAAUAUGUUUCAAUAGAGCUUUCAGGGGCAGUGUUGCCUUGUCUUUAUAUUAUCAAAUGCCCGGAUUUAGGCGCUGAUUCAGCAAAGUACUUAAGAACGUGCCUCAGUUUAAGCAUGUGAGUAGCUUCACUGAUGUCAAGGGGGGGGGUGUCAGAUUUUUAGAGGUAUUUAGGUCCCUAACUACACUAAGAUCAACGGGCAUUAGGGACCCGGUAUUUAAGCACCUCGCUGAAUUGAAGCCUCGGAGGCUUUCAUUGCUGGCAAAUAAGUUUAAUUUCAACACCAAUAAAAUCAACGAGAAACAUCGUGUCACACAAUUGUCACUGAAAAGAAUCUGGUUCCACAUGCUGGAUUUCCAGAGAACAUAAUAAGUUUCUUUGGUCAGAGAUACUGAAGUGCUGUUCUAAAUAAGGGCGUCUUCCUGAAUCAGGGCCCCACGGGGAGUCCCACUGGAGUUAAUGUGCAUUGGAAGCAAUCUAGGGCAGAGUACCUGAAGUCAAUGGGACCAUUUGUGACAGAUUUUUGUUACCAAUCUGCCUGAGGUGUCAGGUGAUCAGGCUGAGGCUGCAGGAUUGUUAGGGGAGGAGAUGAAGGAGCACAGCAAGGGUCUAAGUUUUAAAGCUUUAUUAAUAAAAUAACAGCGGUGAGUGUUGGGGGCUUCUCACGUUACUCAGAGGAAGGAAAAAAGCGUUAGUGCCUGUGCCCUAACCCACUUUCAUACUCACACACGCACAACCCACGGCUGGCCAAGCCUGGGUGUAACGUAAGAAGAAGAGGGGAAAGGGUGGACGAGAGUUCUGUCCUGUGCACAGGCCGCCCAGGGUCCGCUGUUAAUUUUUUAUUUGCUUUACCUUUUAGGAGGGGUUUAAGUCCUGGGUUUUUGGGGGGUGUUUUGUUUAGGGACCUUUGUCCCCCUUGCUUUUUGUACUACUUCAAACUGGCUUUCUGCAGCCUUCUCAGCUUUCCCAAAACACACCGGCUUCAGGGACGCGGGCCUCUGUUUUUCCCCCUUGCUGGCCUUUACUGUUUCACCAGUAUUGCAAUCCCCUGCCUAGCUGACCCCCCUUUUCCCACGGUUGGCUGGGGUUGGGUAAGAAGCAGAUGUGGCUGCAGGUUUUUUGGCUACAUAGUCUGUUCGAGCGCCAUGACCUUGGACUGGAGCCCGCGUCCUAUUUUCGGGCUGAGCUGAGGCAUUGAGUUAACCCGUUUUCUUCUCCCUUCCUCCCCCUUCUGCCUCUCGCAACCUGCAAAGGAAACUUCCACUCCACACUCAAACUUGUAACCCUUCCCAAAAUGGCUUGCGAUGCUUGCAACAGCAUUAGAAACAUACAAUGCUGAUUUGCCUCCCCGGGGGGGACCCCCUGAGGGAGGGAGCCACUGGGUUGUGACACAUUAACAUAAUUUGUUAGUCUCUAAGGUGCCACAAGUACUCCCGUUCUUCUUUUUGCGGAUACAGACUAACACGGCUGUUACUCUGAAACCUGUCAUUAACAUAAUUGGUGCUACUAAGUUUGGGUCCGAAUUUGGCCCCUAUUUUGAUUUUUUUUCACUAUGCGGAGUGUGGAUAUGGGAGAACAGCAAAGAGGGGGAAAACCCACUAAAACAUAAGAGGAGUCACUUGGAUUUUUAUUUUAGUGUCACGCCAAAAUUUGAAGGCAAUUGAAGUUGGGAAUUAGAUCAUUUGAAACCCCUCCCUAAUAACUGCAUUUCGGUUGCUCUUACCUGGCUUUGAAGCAGCUAUUGAUUUGAAUAGCUAUUGACCAUAGGCUGCCUCGGCCUGCAGUUUAUGCAUUUGCUUUUUUUCUAUGAAAAACGGGUUUUUGUUUUUACUACUUCCGUGUACAAAAGUUUUAGUGUAAAUGGGAUUUGCCUUCGCAUGAUCUUUACGGGGCCGCAUUUUUGUUUAUAAAACUAUAAUUUUUCUAAAUGCAGAACUGUAAAGUAUCUUUGUUUUGUUUUCUGAAUUGUGAAAUAAAACCAAUACAAAAAGCA